AUUGUUUUGACCCUAGGGUUUCUUCUUUUCCACCUUCCCCGUCGUCUCUCUCUGUCGCUCACUCUGCCCGUUUCUUCGUUCGCUCUCACGCUCUCUCUAUUCUGCUUCACUCUGGCAGCCUCUCUCUUCUCUCCUCUCCUCUCUGCCCUCUGCGUUUCGCACCCCGCUCUUCGCCGCCUCCCGCUCGUGGUCUGACGCCAAAUGCCUGAGAGCAAGCCAGUGAUUGGGCUAUCAUGGGAACCGAAGUUGCCAACUCUGUCGUCAGGAACCCAUAAUGGGUCUGUGAGCAAAUCCCAAAAUCAAACUGAAGCGAGUGCACUUUGGAGACAGCCAUCCGAGCUUGUUGAUGGACUUUUCGUCCCUCCAAAUGACCCAAAAAAGUUAAACAAGUUGAUGAGAAAGCAACUCAAAGAUACUGCCGGCAAGAGUUGGUUUGAGAUGCCCGCACAGACCAUUACCCCGGAGGUUGAAAAGGAUCUGCGGUUACUAAAGUUGAGAAGUGCCAUUGAUCCAAAGAGGCACUACAAGAAGGGUGAUUCAAAGUCGAAAACACUGCCCAAGUAUUUUCAGGUGGGCACUGUGGUUGAGUCAGCAUCAGACUUCUUUACAGGUAGACUAACAAAGAAGCAGAGGAAGGCAACGAUUGCAGAUGAGUUACUGUCUGAUCAUACCCUUGCUAAGUACAGGAAACGCAAGGUUCAAGAGAUAGAAGAAAAGAAUCGGCCAGCUGGGAAUGAUAAAUGGAAGAGAAAGGGCCGGCAGUCACGGAAGUACACAAAGCAGAGAAGGCACUGACAUAUCUUUGUCAUUUUUUUUAUCGGAUUUUUCUCAACUGUGAUUUACAUUGAAGAGGAUUGUUGGUGUCAUGUUAAGAGUCAGAGAGAAAUAUCAAGUUAAAAAAAAGGAGACAGAAAUAUACAGAAGGCAAUCCUUGUACCAUACAGAGACACAAUUCCUUGACCUGCCUGGUCUGAACUUCUUAUCUUGUACUUUGUAACGAUUGAUUUUGGCACUGCCACUAGUUGUUGCUAUUAGCUAUUGAGAUGUUUUAAGUGUAUGCUCUAAGGUAAUACAAUAGCCACUUUCUAUUGAAAGUUUCUUUAGUUGGCCUGAGCAAUUAUGACACAAUGGAAACCGGCUGUUUUUUGUUUCA